AUGGAAGAGGCUGGGGAGGAAGCCAAUUCUGACACCAAACAGCUGGGCAGCUCCUCAGUGCCAAGGUGGAGGGCAGCCACACCCACCCACUCGGAUGCCUCUGGCGGCUCCAAGCAUCUCCGAGGCCAGGCCGAAGCAGCACGGUCUGCUGCCAGAACAAGCAGGCGGGAGGCUUGCAGGGUGGGCGUGCAGUGGGCCAACGAGCGUGCCAGAGGCAUGGCAGGGGGGCAAGAGCUCAGGCACCAAGGCAGCUGGGCGCUGCUCUCUGCCACUCCAUCUUCCCUGGCUGGCUGGCGGGUGGAUCCUUUGAGAGAACCUGGUCUGACCGGCAUCUCCUGCUGGAGAGCAAUUUCACCUCUUCCGCAAGGCAGGCGGGUGUCCACCUGUCUCCCGGGCCCAGCCCACGGCAGGGUCCAGAAGACCCUUGCGGAGAAAGCCCUGGCUGUCUGGCAAGAGGAAGGCACAGCCGGGGGCAGGGCAGGGGGGCCUCUGGGCUGCAGCUCCACCCAAGAGCUGGCCCUGGUGCCAGGAAACUUGGUGAGUGAAUGGGGGGGUGAAUCGGUCAUGCCCCUGGGGCCACACCCCUGCCUCUAUGGCUUCUGCCAGCCAAUGCAGCCGCAAGGACUGCAGGUGAGGUCCAUCGACUGGCUGAGACCCAGGAACAACCUGCGCCACCACACGGCCCAGAUCGACACCCGGCGGCUGCUGGUCAGGAGAGGGCAGGCCUUCGACAUCCGCCUCCACUUCCUCCCCCGGGGCUACCAGCCGGGCGUAGACUCCAUAUACCUGAUUGCAGAGACCGGACCCCAGCCGGAGCAGCAGUCUGGCACCCGAGCCGUCUUCCUGCUGGGUCUGGGGCAGCCCACGGCCAGCGGCAUCUGGAGCGCCGGCUAUGUCGCCAAUGGCCCCCGGUCCGCGGAUGUGGCGGUGCUGGCGCCAGCCAGGGCCCCCAUCGGGCGCUACCAGCUCAAGAUCCACGUUGACUCCGGCUAUGGCCGGGUGGCCUCUUACCUCCUGGGGGAGUUUGUCCUGCUCUUCAACGCUUGGUGCCCAGAGGAUGACGUCUACCUGGCGAGUGAGCCGGAGAGGCAGGAGUACGUCAUGAACGAAGACGGCAUCAUCUACCAAGGCAACAAAGACUGGAUCCUGCCAUCGCCCUGGAAUUACGGACAGUUUGAGGAAGACGUGGUGGACAUCUGCUUGAAACUCCUGGACCGAAACUUGAACUACCGGCGUGACCCAGCCAAGGACAGCUCCCUGCGCGGCAGCGCAGCCUACGUCAGCCGGGUGCUGAGCGCCAUCGUCAACAGCAACGAUGACAGCGGGGUGCUGCUGGGCAACUGGAGCGAAGACUACUCCGGGGGGGUCCGCCCGACCGCGUGGAGUGGCAGCCUGGCCAUCCUCCGGCAGUGGGACCGCACCGGAGGGCAGCCGGUCAGAUACGGGCAGUGCUGGGUCUUCGCGGCUGUGAUGUGCACAGUGAUGCGGGGCCUCGGAAUCCCAACCCGCGUGGUGACUAAUUUCAACUCGGGGCACGACACAGACGGGAACCUGAUUAUCGACAUCUUCUUUGACAAGACGGGCCAACUCCUGCCCCGGGAGAGCAAGGACAGUGUGUGGAAUUUCCACGUGUGGAACGAGUGCUGGAUGGCAAGGAGAGACCUGCCUGCAGGGUACGGUGGCUGGCAGGUCUUGGAUGCGACGCCCCAGGAACGCAGCAAUGGGCUGUACUGCUGUGGUCCGGCCCCCGUCACGGCCAUCCGGGAAGGAGAUGUGCAGCACCGCUACGACGCCCCCUUCGUGUUCUCAAUGGUGAAUGCGGAUCGUGUCACUUGGCUGCUUUCCGGGACAAGGAAAGAGAAGCUGCACUUGGAUGAGAAAUCCAUCGGGAUCCACAUCAGCACCAAGCGCAUCGGGAGUCAGGACCGGGAGGACAUCACCGGCGCCUACAAGCACCGGGAAGGGUCCGUGGAGGAGCGCCGGGCAUUCCGAAAGGCGCUCGCUGCCAGGGCCGGAGAGGCCAGUGGUGCACCUGAAGCGCCAGGGCUGGAGACGAGAUUCUCCACUGAGGCAGUCGGGGGGAACCUGGCGUCACCCAUGGAGGGGCAGCUCUCCCUCCGGCUCCAGCUGGUGGAGAGUGCCGAAUUCGGGCAGGACCUCCACCUGAGGCUGCUGGCGCAGAACCUGGAAGUGGCCCACAAGGAAGUGAAGCUGAGCCUCAGCACCCAGCCCGUCCUGCACAAUGGCACCCCCCGACCCCCCUUCUGGCAGGAAACCCACUACCUCUCCCUGAGCCCCAAAGAAGAGAAGAGGAUCUCCUGGCGCAUCGCCUACGGGCAGUAUGGCAAGCACCUGGCGGAGGAACGGCAGGUCCAGGCCAUCGCCAUUGCGGAGGAGAACACCUCCUGGCAGAAGAUGCUGGUGGAGAAGACCAUCACCAUGGCCAACCCCACCCUCACCCUCAGUGUCUUGGCCCCGGUGGUGGUGCACCAGUCUUUCCCGCUCCAUGUGGAAUUCGUCAACCCCCUGCCCCAACCUGCUGGAGGCUGCGUCUUGGUCGUGGAGGGCAGUGGGCUGGUGAAGGGCCAGACCCUGAUUGAGUUGGGCUCCCUCGGUGCCCAGGAGAAAGGUGGCAUAAAGUUCCAGCUGACGCCCUACAAGAGCGGCCCCCGGCAGCUGCACGUCACCCUCACGAGCAGCCACUUCCCCCCCAUCAAGGGCUGGAAGCAGCUGGAGGUGGCCCCCCACCCAGGAGGCAGCUAGA